CAACCCGCUGCUGCAGGAGCGCUGCAACAGCGAGGAGCUGCGGCACGUCGUCUGCCACCUCGAGACCAAGGAGCUCUGGGACAAGUUCAACGAGCUGGGCACCGAGAUGAUCAUCACCAAGUCCGGCAGGCGCAUGUUCCCGACGUGCCGCGUGUCGUUCACGGGCGUGCGCGCCGAGCAGCGGUACGCGGUGCUGAUGGACAUCGUGCCGGUGGACAACAAGCGCUACCGCUACGCCUACCACCGCUCGUCGUGGCUGGUGGCCGGCAAGGCGGACCCGCCCGCGCCCUGCCGCCUCUACAUGCACCCAGACUCGCCCUUCACCGGCGAGCAGCUGCGCAAGCAGGUCGUCUCCUUCGAGAAGGUCAAGCUCACCAACAACGAGAUGGACAAGCACGGACACCUGGUGCUGAACUCGAUGCACAAGUACCAGCCGCGCAUCCACCUGGUGAAGCGCAGCGAAGCCAACGCCUCGGCGCCCAUCACCGACCUCGAGAGGGAGGAGUUCAAGACCUUCAUCUUCCCAGAGUCCGUCUUCACCGCUGUCACUGCCUACCAGAACCAGCUGAUUACGAAGCUGAAGAUUGACAGCAAUCCUUUUGCCAAAGGCUUCCGGGAUUCAUCGCGACUGACGGAAUUCGAAAGGGAGACGAUGGAGUCGAUGCUGGCGGAGCAGCAGUAUCUGCGCGCGCCGCUGCGGCCCUUCUGCGAGCUGGACACGCACAACAACAACCUGACGCUGGAAGAGAAGGCGCUGCUUGCGGCGCGCAGCCAGCUCUUCCUGCGCGCGGCAGCCGCCGCCGCCGCCUCUGCCGCCGCCUCCGGGGGCGCGGGCGCCGCCGCCGCAGUGGGGCCGUACGGCCCACUGGGGCCCGCGGUAUACGGCGCCGGCCCUCUCUGGGGGCAGUGGGCGUGCCUCGGCCCCCAGCUGCUGCACGCGCACCAGCUCGCAGCCGCCGCCGCCUCCGCCUCCGUCUCCACCGCUGCCGGCCAGCAGCUGCCGGCACUGCCGCGGCCCCUCUACCCGGGCAUCGCGCAGCAGCACAGGUUCUCGCCGUACCCGCCGCCACUGCCCUCGGCCGCCGCCGCCGCAGCCGCUGCCGCCGCCGCUGCCGCCGCCGCUGCGUCCCGCCCCCAGCGCCAGGCACUGUCGCCCGUCUCCUCUUCACCCGACAGCCUCCAGGACGCUGACCUCCACCCGCCGCCCCCGCACAGCCCCGCACAGCAGUUGUCCUAG